GUCACAUCUGCGUGGAAAGAGAGGAGGAGGAGGAGGAGGAGGGUGGCCAGGAGCAAAACCCGCGCGUUAAUGUGCUCCAAUGGCCAGGAAGGCAGCGCCCACGCGGUCAGAGCCGCGCGCCAAAGUGCCACAGGUGGAGAAGGCGGCGAGGAUGGAAGUCAACCGGCGCUCAAGCCGCGAAAAGCCCGCGUAAAAAGACCAGAUGGCUGCGAUCUUCGCUUUUACGCACGGGCGCGGGGAGAACCGCGGCGUCCAGGUAUGACGCGAGAGCGGCACUGAGAGGAGAAAAAGCACAUUUUUGUAUUUUUUUUUAAGGGUGGGGGGUAUACAAACAAACAAACAAAAAAAAGACGCACAAUGAAUCCUGAGGGCGGACCGUCCGGGUUGGCCCUCAAACUGUCCGAGAUGGGCGCGCGCACCAAGCAGCUGAGCACCGCCAUGCGCGACCCGCACCAGCAGCGGCGCAUCAUCCUGGUCAUCGUGUGCGUGGCGCUGCUCCUGGACAACAUGCUCUACAUGGUCAUCGUGCCCAUCAUCCCGGACUACCUGGCCGACCUGGAGAGCGAGCAGGCGGAGCACGUCCACCUCGUCCUGCACCCUAACGGCACCGGCAACGGCACCGGCCAGCAGGACGCGGCGCGCAUCCGCAACAACCUGGACAUCCAGAUCGGGGUUCUGUUCGCCUCCAAGGCCAUCCUGCAGCUCCUGGUCAACCCGCUCAGCGGCACCUUCAUCGACCGCGUGGGCUACGACAUCCCGCUCUUGAUCGGCCUGACGGUCAUGUUCCUGUCCACGUGCAUCUUCGCCUUCGGGGAGAACUACGCCACGCUGUUCGCCGCGCGCAGCCUGCAGGGGCUGGGCUCGGCCUUCGCGGACACCUCCGGCAUCGCGAUGAUCGCCGACAAGUACACGGAGGAGGCGGAGCGCAGCCGGGCGCUGGGCAUCGCGCUGGCCUUCAUCUCCUUCGGGAGCCUGGUGGCGCCUCCUUUCGGCGGCGUGCUGUACGAGUUCGUGGGCAAGCGGGUGCCCUUCCUGGUGCUGGCCCUCAUCUGCCUGCUGGACGGCGUCUUCUUCCUGGCCCUCAUCCGGCCCUUCUCCAACAGGACUCGAGAGAACAUGCCGGUGGGCACCCCCAUCUACCGGCUCAUGAUCGACCCCUACAUCGCGGUGGUGGCGGGCGCGCUGACGGUGUGCAACAUCCCGCUGGCCUUCCUGGAGCCCACCAUCUCCAACUGGAUGGAGACCACCAUGCACUCCACGCAGUGGCAGAUGGGCCUCACCUGGCUGCCGGCCUUCUUCCCGCACGUCCUCGGCGUCUACAUCACCGUCAAGCUGGCCGCGCGUCACCCCAACCUGCAGUGGUUCUACGGCGCCCUGGGCAUGGUCAUCAUCGGGGCCAGCUCCUGCACGGUGCCGGCCUGCAAGACCUUCGAGGAGCUCAUCGCCCCGCUCUGCGGCAUCUGCUUCGGCAUCGCGCUGGUGGACACGGCGCUGCUGCCCACGCUGGCCUUCCUGGUGGACGUGCGCCACGUCUCCGUCUACGGCAGCGUGUACGCCAUCGCGGACAUCUCCUACUCGGUGGCGUACGCCAUGGGCCCCGUGGUGGCCGGCCAGAUCGUGCACAAUUCGGGCUUCGUGCAGCUCAACCUGGGCAUGGGGCUGGUCAACGUGCUCUACGCGCCCGCGCUGCUGCUGCUGCGCAACGUCUGCCAGAUGCGGCCGUCCCACUCGGAGCGGGACACGCUGUUGGAGGAGGCUCCGCAGGGGCUCUACGACGCCAUCCGCCUGGAGGAGCGGCGCGCCGAGAAGAAGAAGAAGAAGACGACGGGAUACCGCGCGGCGGGGAACUGCCUGCCCGUGGACGAGAACGGCUUCGACGCGUACAGGGCGCAGCAGCAGCGGUCGCCCUCCGAGGAGUCGUCCGGCCCGGAGUUCACCUGAGGCGGGCGCGCCUCGCCGAAAGACGCCGGGCCUCAUCAUCCCGACUAAUGCAGUGUUUUUCAACCGAUUUUUUUUGUCAUUGAAAAACAAUCCAGAACCAUAAAAAAUAAAAAAAUAAACUAAGUAACCCGGGGGUGUCCAAAGUGCGGCCCGCCACACAUUCUGCAAAAAUUGCAAAAUUGAUAGUAUUGCAAAUAUAUAUAUAUAUAUAUGUUUUUUUUUUUUAAAGCAAAGUGAAGUGAAUGAUAUUUAUAUAGCGCUUUUCUCUAGUGCAGGGACGUCAAACUCAAAUAGAGAGUGGGCCAAAACGUAAAACUGAACAAAGCCGCGGGCCCAGGUUGAACAACUUAACCUUUUAAUAGGGACCCAAACAAGUUUUGCAUUGAAUAUUAAACAAGUGAAGUGAAUUAUAUUUUAUAUAGCGCUUUUCUCUAGUGACUCAAAGCGCCUUACAUAGCGACACCCAAUAUCUAAGUUACAUUUAAAGCAGUGUGGGUGGCACUGGGAGCAGGUGGGUAAAGUGUCUUGCCCAAGGACACAACGGCAGUGACUAGGAUGGCACAAGCGGGAAUCGAACCUGCAACCCUCAAGUUGCUGGCACGGCCACUCUACCAACCGAGCUACAUAAGCAAGGCAUAUGUAGCUUUACAUACAAAAUCGAGUAUCAAAUAAAAUGUAAAUAAAAAUUGGGGAAGCGGGGUUUGGUGGUAGCGGGGGUGUAUAUUGUGGCGUCCAGGAAGUUAGUGCUGCAAGGGGUUCUGGGUAUUUCUUCUGUUGAGUUUAUGUUGUGCUACAGUGCGGAUGUUCUCCCGAAAUGUGUUUGUCAUUCUUGUUUGGUGUGGCGCAUAUUUGUAAAAGUGUUAAAGUUGUUUAUACGGCCACCCUCAGUGUGACCCUUAUGGCUGUUGAUCAAGUAUGCCUUGCAUUCACUUGUGUGUGUUAAAGCAGCAUAUAUAUGGGACCGGACCGGCACGAAAAAGCGGACGUGACGACAGGCUGUAGAGGACGCUAAAAGGCACGCCCCCGAUAUUGUUGUCCGGGUGGAAAUUGGGAGAAAUUCGGAAGAAUGGUUGCCCCGGAAGAUUUUUGGGAGGGGCACUGAACUUUGGGAGUCUCCCGGGAAAAUCGUGAGGGUUGGCAAGUAUGAGUAUCAGCGGUGAAUGCAGCUCUAAUCUUAAUGUGAUAUUACCUCAAGGGCCAAAUGAAACUACACGGCGGGCCAGAGUUUGACACCCAUGCUCUAGUGACUCUUGGCGCUUUACAUAGGGAAACCCAAUAUCUAAGUUCCAUUUUUAAACCAGUGUGGGUGGCACUGGGGGAAAGGUGUCUUGCCCAAGGACACAACAGCAGUGACUAGGAUGGCAGAAGCGGGGAUUGAACCUGCAACCCUCGAGCUAUACUGCCCCAAAAGUGGAAAGAGGUGAAAUCUAAUGAGAAAAAGUUGACGCGUUUUUUUUUUGUGCUCCUUUUGUGUUUAUUUUCUUUUUUUUUUUUUCAUUGCUCGAAAAAAAAAAAAAGGACAAAAUAAUCUAUGUUAUAAUUACUUCAAAAUUAUCUCUUUUAAAACUGUUUGAUGUGGAAAAAAAUAUUGCAUAUGUUGUGUGGUCAACGUUUUGACAAAAGAGCAUAAAACGAACACAAUAACGGUUCGAACUUAAAAUCGACGGAUACGUCGGAUGUUGAUCUUGAAAUUUAAGUGUUAAAAGUAAAAAAAAAAAAAAAAAACAAUAAUAAAAAUGUAUCACUUUGUGAGUGGGGAACCUUUCGGAUCUCAAAUAUAUUUAGUAGGAUUUUAUUUAACUUUUCACUGUGAUUACUUAAAAAUAUUAUAUAAUUAAAAUCAAUGGUGUCCUGCAUUAUUGAUCUUUGAGGGAUUUAAUUGUUAAAUAAAGGAACUCUCCUGAAGGAAUCAAUAAAGUACUAUCCAUCUAUCUAAAUACUGCAGUUUUACUAUAAAAAACAAAGUUGUCUUUGACAGAAAAGGCAUAAAACCUUAUUUGUUUUUGACAUAGAGAUUUACUGUAAGCAUUAAAUAAAUAAUAAUAAUAAUAGUAAUUUCACUUAUUUUUAACAUUUAAGUGACUGAGACCCUCUAUGCUCCCCAGGAGUCCUAAGGAUUAAAAAAAAAACAAACAAAAAAAAAUCCAUAUAUUUUGUCAUGUUUUGAAAAUGAAAAAUAUCACAAUGGCCCGCUGUGGAAAAAGUUUGGACACCCCUGAAGUAACCGAUAUUGACGAUAAAAAGUAAUUAAUUGGAUUUGCAAUUUAACUCAUAUCCAACCGUGCAUGACUGAUGAACAUUAUAACAUAUUUUAUUCCGAAAAUAUAAAUAACGACAAAUAAAGAUAGAAUACAAUUAACCGCAACAUGCAAGUGUAAAAAAAAUAAAAAUUGUUAGAAUGUGCUUGUUUUAUUUUCAAACAAAGAAAACAAUUUGAAGUUGUCUUUAUUUUUAAGUUAUCGUGCCGUGAUUUUACCAUUUCGGAGUAGAUUUUUCUCCAUCUAAAAUGAGUUUGCCACCCCUGAUCUACAUCAUUAAUAGGAUUUGCCUGGGUGGCUGGACAGGACGUGUUUAUUAUUAUUAAUAAUAAUAAUAAUAAUAAUAAACGUUAUCGUUGUUGUCGACGUGCGUUUUGUUUUGAUUGGUUAUUGCCUUUUUAACAUCAGGGGACAAAUAGGAUAACCAAGACGAAAAUGAUUAUAACUAUUGAAAUUAUCGCUGGUUUGCGCCAUACCAGAGGCGGUAUAGCUCAGUUGGUAAAGUGGCCGUGCCAGCAACUUUAGGGUUCCACGUUCGAUCCCCGCUUCUGCCACCCGAGUCCUUAGGCAAGACACUUUACCCACCUGCUCCCAGUGCCACCCACACUACUUUAAAACUGUAACUUAGACAUAGCUCUUGUCUACUGUCACAUCACGCCGUGACUUAUUUGGUUUUUUUGUGGGUGUUUUCCUGUGUGUAAUGUUUUAGUUCUUGUAUUGCGCUCCUAUUUUGUUGGUAUUUUUCCGUUGCAGUUUCAUGUCUGUUUUCGCAAUCAAGACCAUCCGAGCUGCGCGGACGCUACCCCUUCUUUGCACGGAAAUUGUUGAUUGUCGUGUCAUGUUCGGAUCCACUUUGUGGACGCCGUCUGCUGCUCCGCACGCCGUAAGUCUUUGCUGUCGUCCAGCGUUUUGUGUUUUGUUUACUUUGCGGCCAGUUCCGUUUUGCUUUACAUAGCUAUCCCAAUGCUUCAAUGCCUGAUCUUGGCAGCGCUCGCCUUUUGUUUAUUUUGAAUUUUUUUUUACCUGCACUCUGCCUUCCGCUGUCGGCUGCAUAUUGUGAUUAUGACAAAAAAAAUAAAUUGUAGUCUCACACGACCUGUUCCCGACAUCUAAACUCAGCAACACUCAGCAACAGCACAUUAAUUGCGGAUUAUAUUAACUGGCGUCCCGGUACUCUAGUGGUUGAAAAACACUGAAUUAAUGUGCAAUACCCCGAUCAAUAAAAUCACGCCCCCCCCCCCGCCCUUUUCUUCUCUUGGUUGUGAUCGUGUCCACGUCAUGUUCGUCACAGUGUCUAGAAAAGAUUGUCACGUAUUAAUGUGGGACCAACUAUAAAGAGCACACACAAAAAAAAGAAGCCUAUAUCUCUACAUAUAUUUUUUAAAGAAGUACUUUUUUUUUUUUUUUUUUUUUUUUAAGAGACCACGUUUGAGUAUUUGUUGGGAGAAAUGACAUUUUUAACAAAAAGGCCUGGUCGGUAUUAUAUUUUUAUUGUUGUUGUUUGGAAUUAAAUGUACCGUCAUGUUUGUACAUAUGUGACAUAGCACAACGAUGCACAAUGUAAAGACUUCAUUAAUCAAGCGUGGACCACUGGAAAGUGCAUGUGUGUGUGUGUGUGUGUGUGUGUGUGUGUGUGUGUGUGUGUGUGUGUGUGUGUGUGUGUGUGUGUGUGUGUGUGUGUGUGUGUGUGUGUGUGUGCGUGUGUGUGUGUGUGUGCGCGUGGGAGAUUAUGAUAAAUAAAUAUGUGUUCAUUUAUUUACUGUGGGUUUAAUAAAUCUGUUGGAA